AUGGUAAAACUGCAACUACUAAGUCUUAUCAACUACAACAGGAACUCCAACAACAGCAAACACCAACCACUGUGUACACCACAAUACCACAAGUACAUCUACAAGGUACAAAGUGCAACUACAACAUCUUCAAUCAACUACAACAGGAACUCCAACAACAGCAACAACAAAACUGUUAACCUACAACUACCACCAAGUACAUAUACUCAUGGUACAACUGCAACUACUACGAAACUCCGGGAACAAACAAGCAACAACAAACCACUGUUGCACCUACCCACUACCACAAGUACAUCUACUAAUGGUACAACUGCAACCUACAACAUCUUCAUCAACUACAACAGGAACUCCAAACAACAGCAACAACAACCCACUGUUGCUCACAACUACCACAAGAACUCCAAAACAACAAGGCAACAAAACAACACUGUUGCACCUACAACUACCACAAGUACAUCUACUAAUGGUACAACUGCAACUACAACAUCUUCAUCAACUACAACAGGAACUCCAACAACAGCAACAACAACCACUGUUGCACCUACAACUACCACAAGUACAUCUACUAAUGGUACAACUGCAACUACAACAUCUUCAUCAACUACAACAGGAACUCCAACAACAGCAACAACUACCACUGGUACACCUACAACUACCACAAGUACAUCUACUAAUGGUACAACUGCAAUUAUUGGUACAUCAACUAAUGGUUCAACUGCAACUAUAACACAAUCUUCAUCUACUAUAACAGAAACUACAACAACAACCACUGGUGCACCUACACCUACCACAGAUACAUCUACUAAUGGUACAACUGCAACUACAACGACUUCAUCUUCUACAACAACAACUCCAACAACAAGCAACCAAACGGUAACAACCAACCACGAGAGGUACAACAAACACCUCAACCUACCCGCCAAUAUACCACAUACAUCUAGUAAUGGUACAACUGCAACUACAACAUCUUCGUCAACUACAACAGGACAACGGAACUCCGACAACAGCAACAACAACGCUGGUACACCUACAACUACCACAAGUACAUCUACUAAUGGUACAACUGCAACUACAACAUCUUCAUCAACUACAACAGGAACUCCAACAACAGCAACAACAACCACUGUUACACCUACAACUACCACAACAACAACAAUCACUGGUACACCUACAACUACCACAAGUACAUCUACUAAUGGUACAACUGCAACUACAACGUCUACAUCAACUACAACAGAAACUCCGACAACAACCACUGGUACACCUACAACUACCACAAGUACAUCUACUAAUGGUACAACUGCAACUACAAUGUCUUCAUCAACUACAACAGAAACUCCGACAACAACCACAGGUACACCUACAACUACCACAAGUACAUCUACUAAUGGUACAACUGCAACUACAACAACUUUGUCAACUACAACAGGAACUCCAACAACUGCAACAACUACCACUGGUACACCAACAACUACCACAACAACAACAACUACCACAAGUACAUCUAGUAAUGGUACAAUUGCAACUACAACGUCUUCGUCAACUACAACCGAAACUCCCACAACAGCAACAACAACCACAGGUACACCUACAACUACCACAAGUACAUCUACUACAGCAACCACAGGUACACCUACAACUACCACAAGUACAUCUACUAAUGGUACAACUGCAACUACAACGUCUUCGUCAACUACAACCGAAACUCCAACUACAGCUACAACAACCACUGGUACACCUCCAACUACCACAAGUACAUCUACUAAUGAUACAACCGCAACUACAACGUCUUCGUCAACUACAACCGAAACUCCAACAACAGUAACAACAUCCACUGGUACACAGACAACUACCACAAGUACAUCCACUAAUGGUACAACUGCAAUUACAACGUCUUUGUCAACUACAACAGAAACUCCAACAACAGCAACAACAACCACUGGUACACCUACAACUACCACAACAACAACAACCACAGGUACACCUACAACUACCACAAGUACAUCUACUAAUGGUACAACUGCAACUACAUCUUCGUCAACUACAACAGGAACUCCAACAACAGCAACAACAACCACUGGUACACCUACAACUACCACAAGUACAUCUACUAAUGGUACAACUGCAACUACAACAUCUUCGUCAACUACAACAGGAACUCCAACAACAGCAACAACAACCACAGGUACACCUACAACUACCACAAGUACAUCUACUAAUGGUACAACUGCAACUACAACAUCUUCAUCAACUACAACAGGAACUCCGACAACAACGACUGGUACACCUACAACUAACACAAGUACAUCUACUAAUGGUACAACUGCUACUACAACGUCUUCAUCAACUACAACAGGAACUCCAACAACAGCAACAACAACCACUGGUACACCUACAACUACCACAAGUACAUCUACUAAUGGUACAACUGCAACUACAACAUCUUCAUCAACUACAACAGGAACUCCAACAACAGCAACAACAACCACUGGUACACCUACAACUACCACAACAACAACAACCACUGGUACACCUACAACUACCACAAGUACAUCUACUAAUGGUACAACUGCAACUACAACGUCUUCAUCAACUACAACAGGAACUCCAACAACAGCAACAACAACCACAGGGACACCUACAACUACCACAAGCUCAUCUACUAAUGGUACAACUGCAACUACAUCUUCAUCAACUACAACAGGAACUCCGACAACAGCAACAACAACCACUGGUACACCUACAACUACCACAAGUACAUCUACUAAUGGUACAACUGCAACUACAACAUCUUCGUCAACUACAAUAGGAACUCCAACAACAGCAACAACCACUGGUACACCUACAACUACCACAAGUACAUCUACUAAUGGUACAACUGCAACUACAACAUCUUCGUCAACUACAACAGGAACUCCGACAACAGCAACAACAACCACAGGGACACCUACAACUACCACAAGCUCAUCUACUAAUGGUACAACUGCAACUACAUCUUCGUCAACUACAACAGGAACUCCAACAACAACAACAACAACAACUACCACUGGUACACCAUCAACUACCACAAGUACAUCUACUAAUGGCACAACUGCUACUACAACACAGACUUCAUCAACUACAACAGAAACUCCAACAACAGCAACAGCAACCACUGUUACACCCACAACUACCACUAGUACAUCUACUAAUGGUACAACUAUAACAACAACAUCUUCAUCAUCUACAACAGGAACUCCAACAACAACAACAACUACCACUGGUACACCUACAACUACCACAAGUACAUCUACUAAUGGUACAUCAACGAAUGUUACAACCACUGGUACACCUACUACACUUACAAACACUGGUACAUCAACUAAUGGUUCAACUGCAACUAUAACGCAAUCUUCAUCUACUACAACAGGAACUACAACAACAACCACUGGUACACCUAUACACACCACAGGUUCAUCUACUAACGAUACAACUGCAACUACAACACAGACUUCAUCUACUACAACAGAAACUCCAACAACAGCAACAACAACCACUGCAACAACAACCACAGUUACACCUACAACUACCACAAGUUCAUCUACUAAUGGUACAACUGCAACAACAAUAGCAUCUUCGUCAACUACAACCGAAACUCCAACAACAGCAACAACAACCACUGCAACAACAACAACCACUGGUACACAGACAAGUACCACAAGUACAUCUACUAAUGGCACAACUGCAAUUACAACGUCUUCAUCAACUACAACAGAAACUCCAACAACAGCAAAAACCUCUGGUACACCUACAACUACCACAAGUACAUCUACUAAUGGGAGAAAUGAUACAUCAACUACAUUUGUAACCACUGGUACUUCAACAAAUGUUAUAACCACUGGUACAUCUAUUACGCUUACAAACACUGGUACAUCAACUAAUGGUUCAACUAAAAAUAUAACACAAUCUUCAUCUACUACAACAGGAACUACAACAACAACCACUGGUACACCUACACCUACCACAGAUAUAACUACUAAUGGUACAACUGCAACUACAACGACUUCAUCUACUACAACAGAAACUCCAACAACAGCAACAACAACUACAGGUCCACCUACAACUACCACAAGUUCAUCUACUAAUGGCACAACUGCAACUACAAUAUCUUCAACUACAACAGGAACUCCAACAACAGCAACAACAACCACUGGUACACCUACAACUACCACAAGUACAUCUACUAAUGGUACAAAUGCAACUACAACAUCUUCAUCAACUACAACAGGAACUCCAACAACAGCAACAACAACCACAGGUACACCUACAACUACCACAAGUACAUCUACUAAUGGUACAACCUGCAACUACAACAUCUUCAUCAACUACAACAGGAACUCCAACACAGCAACAACACCCCAACCUGGUACACCUACAACAAUACCCACAAGUACAUCUACUAAUGGUACAACUGCAACUACAAUAUCUUCGUCAACAACAACAAAGAAACUCCAACAACACAACAACACACAGGUACACCUACAAACCACCAUAAGUACAUCUACUAAUGGUACAACUGCAACUACAACAUCUUCAUCAACUACAACAGGAACUCCAACAACAGCAACAACAACCACAGGAACACCUACAACUACCACAAGUACAUCUACUAAUGGUACAACUGCAACUACAAUAUCUUCGUCAACUACAACAGAAACUCCAACAACAGCAACAACAACCACAGGUACACCUACAACCACCAUAAGUACAUCUACUAAUGGUACAACUGCAACUACAACAUCUUCAUCAACUACAACAGGAACUCCAACAACAGCAACAACAACCACAGGUACACCUACAACUACCACAAGUACAUCUACUAAUGGUACAACUGCAACUACAACAUCUUCAUCAACUACAACAGGAACUCCAACAACAGUAACAACAACCACUGGUACACCUACAACCACUACAAGUACAUCUACUAAUGGUACAACUACAACAACAACAUCUUCGUCAACUACAACAGGAACUCCAACAACAGCAACAACAACCACAGGUACACCUACAACUACCACAAGUUCAUCUACUAACGGUACAACUGCAACUACAAUAUCUUCGUCAACUACAACAGGAACUCCAACAACAGCAACAACAACCACAGGUACACCUACAACUACCACAAGUACAUCUACUAAUGGUACAACUGCAACUACAACAUCUUCAUCAACUACAACAGGAACUCCAUCAACAGCAACAACAUCUUCGUCAACUACAACAGGAACUCCAACUACAGCAACAACAACCACUGGUACACCUACAACUACCACAAGUAUAUCAACUAAUGGAGACAAUGAUACAUCAACUACACUUCUAACCAUGGUACUUCCAACAAAUGUUAUAACAAACUGGGUACAUCUAAUACGCUUACAAAACUGGUACAUCAACUAUGUCCAGCAAUGGUAUAACACAACUGCAACUAUAACACAAUCUUCAUCUACUAUAACAGAAACUACAACAACAACCACUGGUACACCUACACCUACCACAAGUACAUCUACUAAUGGUACAACUACAACAUCUUCGUCAACAACAACAGGAACUCCAACAACAGGAACAACAACCACUGGUAUACCUACAACUACCACAACUACAUCUACUAAUGGUACAACUGCAACUACAACAUUUUCGUCAACUACAACGGAAAUCCCAACAAACAGGAACAACAACAACCACAGGAACCCAACAACAGCAACAACAAACCACAGGUACACCCACAACUACACAAGUACAUCCUACAUAAUGGUAAACUGCAAAUACAACGUCUUCGUCAAACUACAACAGGACUCAACAACAGCAUCAACAACAGGUACACUACAACUACCACAAGUAUCCAUUAACCUAAUGGUACAACUUCAACUCAACUUCAGGCAACUACAACAGGAACUCCAACAACAGCAAACAACAUACCACAGGCUUCACCUAAACUACCACAAGUACAUUACUAAUGGUACAACUGAAACUACAACGUCUUCGUCAAACUCCAACAACAGCAACAACAACCACUGGUACACCUACAACUACCCUACAAGUACAUCUACUAAUGGUACAACUGCAACUAAAAGAUCUUCGUCAACUACAACAGGAACCCAACAAACAGCAACAACAACCACAGUAGCACCUACAACUACCACAAGUACAUCUAUAAUGGUACAACUGCAACUACAAACAUCUUCGGUCAACUACAGGAACUCCACAACAGCAACAACAACCACAGGUUACACCUACAACGACCAAGUACAUCUACUAUUGGUACACUGCAACUACAAUGUCUGUCACCUACACAGGACUCCAACAACAGCAUCACAACCACAGUACCCUACAACUACCACACUACAUCUACUAAUGUUACAACUGCAACUCAUUGUUUUUGUCACUACACAGGAACUCCCAACAACAGCAACAACGAACCACAGGUACACCUACAACUACCACAAGUACUCUACUAAUGGUACAACUGCACUACAACGUCUUCGUCAACUCCAACACAAGCACAACAACCCUGCAACAACAACCACAGGUACACCUAACAAUAUACUACCAACAAGGUACACUACUAAUUGGUACACUGCCAACUACAACAUCUUCGUCAACUACAACAGGAACUCCAACACAGCAACAACAACCACAGGUACUCAACACCCAAGUCAUCUACUAAUGGUACAACUGCACUACAACAUCUUCGUCAACUACCAACAAAAUCCAACAACAGCAACAACAACCCACUGUACACCUACAACUACCACAAGUAUCUACUUAAUUGGUACAACUGCAACUACAGCAUUCUUCACAACUACAACAGGAACUCCAACAACAGUAACAACAACCACUGGUACACCUACAACUACCACAAGUACAUCUACUAAUGGUACAACGGCAACUAUAACAUCUUCAUCAACUACAACAGGAACUCCAACAACAGCAACAACAACUACUGGUACACCUACAACUACCACAAGUACAUCUACUAAUGGUACAACUGCAACUACAACAUCUUCAUCAACUACAACAGGAACUCCAACAACAGCAACAACAACCACUGGUACACCUACAACUACCACAACUACAUCUACUAAUGGUACAACUGCAACUACAACAUCUUCAUCAACUACAACAGGAACUCCAACAACAGCAACAACAACCACAGGUACACCUACAACUACCACAAGUACAUCUACUAAUGGUACAACUGCAACUACAACAUCUUCGUCAACUACAACAGGAACUCCAACAACAGCAACAACAACCACAGGUACACCUACAACUACCACAAGUACAUCUACUAAUGGUACAACUGCAACUACAACAUCUUCGUCAACUACAACAGGAACUCCAACAACAGCAACAACAACCACUGGUACACCUACAACUACCACAACUACAUCUACUAAUGGUACAACUGCAACUACAGCAUCUUCAUCAACUACAACAGGAACUCCAACAACAGCAACAACAACCACUGGUACACCUACAACUACCACAAGUACAUCUACUAAUGGUACAACUGCAACUACAACGUCUUCAUCAACUCCAACAACAGGAACAACAACCACUGGUACACCUACAACUACCACAAGUACAUCUACUAAUGGUACAACUGCAACUACAACAUCUUCAUCAACUACAACAGGAACUCCAACAACAGUAACAACAACCACUGGUACACCUACAACUACCACAAGUAUAUCUACUAUAGGAACUACAACAACAACCACUGGUACACCUACACCUACCACAGAUACAUCUACUAAUGGUACAACUGUAACUACAGAUACUUCAUCAACUACAACAGGAACUCCAACAACAGCAACAACAUCUUCGCCAACUACAACAGGAACUCCAACAACAGCAACAACAACCACUGGUUCACCUACAACUACCAACAAUACAUCUACUAAUGGUACAACUGCAACAAUAACAUCUUCAUCAACUACAGGAACUCCAACCAACAAGCAACAACAACCACUGGUACACCUACAACUUACCACAAGUAACAUUCUUACUAAUGGUACAACUGCAACUACAACAUUCUUCAUCAAAACUACAACAGGAACUCCAACAAACCAAAGCCAACCAACAACCACUGGUACAACCUACAAACUACCACAAGGAACUCCAACUACAGCAACAACAACCACAGGAACCCCGAGAACAUCAACAACUUCCGAUAAUACUACAACACAAACUACCGCUACUGUUACAUCAACAACCCCUACAACCACGCACUCAUUCAGUAGUUCCUUCAGUAGCAGCAGUCUUGGCUCAAGUAGUUCCAGCAGCAGUUCAAGCAGCAGUCAAAGCUUAUCAAAAGUAGUAACACCAACAACUACAAUAAUAACACCAACAAUUACUACUGCAUCGUCUACAACAGAAACAGGUACAUCCACAAUUACCACCUCCACCAAUUCAGCAGUUACUACAACAACAACAGCAAUGCCAACUAGUACUACAGUCUCUUUAACAACAUCAGUCACACCAACCACAACAUCUGUAACAUCAACUACAACGAUAGGAUCAUCAACAACACAAUCAUCGUCUGCUACUACAGGAACUCCAACAACAGCAACAACAACCACUGGUACACCUACAACAACAACAAGUACAUCUACUAAUGCCACAACCGCAAUUGCAACUAUAGCAGGAACUCCAAUAACAGCAACAACAACCACUGGUACACCUACAACAACCACAAGUACAUCUACUUAUGUCACAACCGCAACUACAACACAGUCUUCGUCGACAACACAAUCAUCGUCUGCUACUAUAGGAACUCCAACAACAGCAACAACAACCACUGGUACACCUACAACAACCAGAAGUACAUCUACUAAUGCCACAACCGCAACUGCAACUAUAGCAGGAACACCAACAACAGCAACAACAGCCACUGGUACACCUACAAGUACCACAAGUACAUCUACUAAUGCCACAACUGCAACUACAACAGGAACUCCAACAACAGCAACAACAACCACUGGUACACCUACAACUACCACAAGUACAUCUACUAAUAGUACAACCACAGCUACAACAGGAACUCCAACAACAGCAACAACAACCACUGGUACACCUAAAACGACCACAACUACAUCUACUAAUGGCACAACCACAACUACAACGCAGACUUCGUUGACGACAACAGGAACCCCGACAAUAUCCACAACUUCUAAUAUUACUACAACACAAACUACCACCACCGUUACACAAACAACCCCUACAACCACACACUCAUUCAGUAUUUCAUUCAGUAGUAGCAGUCUUGUGGCAACUACAACAGUAGCGAUAGUAAAUUCUACUGCCUCGUCUACAAUGACGACAGCUACACCAACAACUAGUAAACCUACAACCGCAACUACUUCGGCACUAACAAGUACUAUAGUUUUUUCUACAACAACAACAGUCACACCGGUAGGGUCAACUGUAACAACUACAAAUACAGAAUCAUCAACAACUGCCACCGGUACAUCUACUACUGUCAAAACAACUACUACAACUCCACCAUCGUCGACUAUAACAGAAACUCCAACUACAACCAGUGCAACUACAACCACUGGUUCGAGUAGUUCCAGUGGAUCCAUCAGUGUAUCAAGUCCAACCUUUACUACAACAACUGCAACGCUAACAACUACUACUGGAUUGUCUACAACGACAACAACACCUACUCCGACCACCUCAUCAACUGCAACAAAAGGUACUUCUAACACAACAGCAACAACACCUAUAACUACAUCAACAACAACAGAUGCCACACCAACCACAUCAAGUUUAACACCAUCUACCACCACUGGACCAUCAACAACUACUAACAAUAUAACAACAACUACUGGACCAUCAACAACUACCAACAAUAUAACAACAACUACCACUACUGGACCACCUACAACUAUCACAACUGGACCAUCAACAACUACCACCACUGGACCAUCAACAACUACCACUACUGGGCCAUCAACAACUACUACCACUGGGCCAUCAACAACUUACCAGGCCAAUAUUAACUUACCACCUGGGGCCAUCAACAACUACAGCAAUAUAAACUACCCACUAACCAGCCAAUUAUAA